AGAAGCGUAGCCACGGCCGUGCGCGCAGCUCCGGGCCUGUUGGGUGUCUGCUCUCUGCCUCGCACCCCUUCUGUCCAGCCGCCAUGAUCAGUGCCAGCAGGGCCGCGGCAGCUCGUCUCGUGGGCACCGCAGCCUCCCGGAGCCCGGCGGCCGCCCAUCACCAGGAUGGCUGGAAUGGCCUUAGUCAUGAAGCUUUUAGAUUUGUUUCAAGAAGGGAUUAUGCAUCAGAAGCUAUCAAGGGUGCAGUUGUUGGUAUUGAUUUGGGUACCACUAACUCCUGUGUGGCAGUUAUGGAGGGCAAACAGGCAAAGGUUCUGGAGAAUGCUGAAGGUGCCAGAACUACCCCUUCGGUAGUUGCCUUUACAGCAGAUGGAGAACGACUUGUUGGUAUGCCAGCAAAGCGACAGGCUGUCACCAACCCAAACAAUACAUUCUAUGCUACUAAGCGUCUUAUUGGACGUCGGUAUGAUGACCCCGAAGUGCAGAAAGACACUAAGAAUGUUCCCUUUAAAAUUGUCCGUGCUUCCAAUGGUGACGCGUGGGUUGAGGCUCAUGGAAAACUCUCUUCUCCAAGUCAGAUUGGAGCAUUUGUAUUGAUGAAGAUGAAAGAGACUGCAGAAAAUUACUUGGGUCACACAGCAAAAAAUGCUGUGAUCACAGUCUCUGCUUAUUUCAAUGACUCACAGCGACAGGCCACUAAGGAUGCUGGCCAGAUAGCUGGGCUAAAUGUACUUCGAGUGAUUAAUGAACCUACAGCUGCUGCUCUGGCCUAUGGUCUCGACAAAUCUGAAGAUAAGGUCAUUGCUGUGUAUGAUUUAGGUGGUGGAAUCUUUGAUAUUUCUAUCCUGGAAAUUCAGAAAGGAGUGUUUGAGGUGAAAUCCACCAAUGGGGAUACUUUCUUAGGAGGUGAAGACUUUGACCAAGCUUUGUUACGGCACAUUGUCAAGGAGUUCAAGAGGGAGACAGGGGUUGAUUUGACCAAAGACAACAUGGCACUUCAGAGGGUUCGGGAAGCUGCUGAGAAGGCCAAGUGUGAGCUCUCCUCAUCUGUGCAGACUGACAUCAACUUGCCUUAUCUUACAAUGGAUGCUUCUGGACCCAAGCAUUUAAAUAUGAAGCUUACUCGAGCUCAGUUUGAAGGCAUUGUCACAGAUCUAAUCAAGAGAACUAUUGCGCCAUGCCAGAAAGCUAUGCAGGAUUCAGAAGUCGGCAAGAGUGACAUAGGAGAAGUGAUUCUGGUUGGUGGCAUGACGAGGAUGCCCAAGGUUCAGCAGACUGUUCAAGAUCUUUUUGGCAGAGCCCCAAGUAAAGCAGUUAAUCCUGAUGAGGCUGUAGCCAUUGGAGCUGCCAUUCAGGGAGGUGUGUUGGCCGGUGAUGUCACAGAUGUGCUGCUUCUGGAUGUCACUCCUCUCUCUCUGGGUAUCGAGACUCUGGGAGGUGUCUUCACCAAACUUAUUAAUAGGAACACCACUAUUCCAACCAAAAAGAGCCAGGUAAGAGCCGUCCUUUCCCUGUCUCUUAACAGGAGCUUUAAGUUCUAUGAGUGAUGUG